AUUGGCUGGGUAAUUGGAUUGAUUAGAGAGGAAGCAAGGCCCAAUUAUCUGAUGGGCCGAGUCCAACAAGAAUAGUUUCAGCCAUUCUGUGGAGUUGCCGAUGCCAAUUCCCAAUUGUGCAGAAGGCUAGAGUUAGGGUUACUGAAGUUGAAAGCUACAGGGUUAUUGAAGUUGAAAGAGAUGGAGCUGAGAAAUGUGGUGAAGGAUAAGAAAUUCUGGUUGGCGUCGUUGAUAAUAGUGUGGGCAACUGGGCUCCAGGGACACAUGAUAUGGCUGCAGCGCCAAGAAUCCUUCAAACACAAAUUCGGCGACCUCAACUCUCAAGACCAUUCCGAUCCACCAACCUCAUAACUCGAUUACUCCAUGCACUCUUAGCAAAUGAUAUCAGCAACCAAACUUUCUGCAUUGGAAACGGAGUUGCUGAUCCGAAGAUGUUGCAUGCUGCACUAGAUUGGGCGUGUGGAUUGGGCAAAGUGGAAUGCUCUGCUAUACGACAGGGACAACCAUUCGAUGAACCAGACAAUGUGAUAGCACAUUCAACUUACACUUUUGAUAGUUACUAUCAUAAGAAGGGAAAGACUCUUGAUUCCUGUGACCUCAAUGGAGUGGUUACUAUCUCCACCACCGAUCCAAGGGUGCAAAAUACAAGCUACCGUUCGGAAGUGAACAAGUUGGAAGUGAUCUUCUGGUAAUUUCUUUUGUUUGAUGGAUAUCUUAGGUGCAUUUUGCCUAGAAUGGUUAAUGUAGCUUAGAUAUUAAAAAAGAACAUUUUUUUUAAUCCAUCACAUCUCAUGCUCCUAAAGUAGGAUUUUUUUUUAUUAAAAUUAGUAGACUAUGAUUGCUAUUAGGCAAAAGAGGUCUACUUGCUAAAAUGUCCUAUUCAAUUAGGGUAGUCUAUUUCUCUUUCAUAUAAAACCAAAGUUUGGUGUUCUUUUAUUGGAUUUGGACAUUCCAUUUAGUUAUUGUUCUUUUUGUUAUCAUUCUUUACCAAACAAUACUAUGAGUGAAUCAUGUAUAGAUGCUAGAAAGAGAAGAAAAUUGGCAAUAAAGAGGAAAAAAGAUGAGACAUUUGGAAUAAGGAAUCCUUAGUUGAUUCUUUUGUAAAUCUUUGGGUUGACACGGGACUGAGUGAGCCAUAACCUUAUAAUUUCUAUUGUUGUAUCUUAUAUUCCUUUUUCUACCUUCACCAUUCUACAUGUUCUAUAGUAUUUUUUUUUGGACCUGAUGUUCUAUAGUAUUUGAGUUUGCUAUUUUUAGUAAAAUGAUUGUUUUGGGUCAACAUGAAUAUUCGUGGAUCCACCAAGUUACACCUGAAUCAUUCGUUAUUGAAAACUUGAACCUGUAGCUGCUACUGUUUUGGUGAAUAAAUAACAAAGAUUUAAUAGUUCUUGAUCAUCAUAUGUAUUGAUAGUUUGAUAUUAGUGUGGUAAUCAAAGCAAAAUGUUAUUUGUUAUACCAAGGAAGGUUAUAGAUUGGUUCAGUGGGUAAGUAGAGCAUACAGUUGGAUAGAAGAGAGAAACUCAUGAUGGUUAA